GCUCCCGCGGAGCUGUCAAGGAGCUCGAGGCUGAGGGUGCUCGGGGCGGGAGACCCGGCCGCCGGGCCGCGGGCGCCUCAGCGAUGUUUUACUCAGGACUCCUCACCGAGGGUGGCCGCAAGGAGAACGACAUGCGGGAAGCGGCGUCCCUGCGGCAGCAGCGCCGGAUGAAGCAGGCGGUGCAGUUCAUCCACAAAGACUCCGCCGACCUGCUGCCCCUUGACGGCCUCAAAAAGCUGGGCUCUUCCAAGGACACGCAACCUCAUAACAUUCUGCAGAGGCGCCUCAUGGAAACCAACCUGUCCAAGCUCCGGAGCAGUCGUGUCCCCUGGGCCUCCAAGACCAACAAAUUCAAUCAGGCAAAGUCUGAAGGGCUAAAGAAGUGUGAAGACGAUGAUAUGAUUUUAGUGUCUUGCCAGUGUGCUGGAAAGGACCUCAAAGCUUUGGUUGACACCGGUUGUCAGUAUAAUCUCAUCUCUUCAGCUUGUGUGGACAGAUUGGGACUAAAGGACCACGUCAAAUCUCACAAGCAUGAAGGAGAAAAGCUUUCUCUACCACGGCAUCUCAAAGUAGUAGGUCAGAUUGAGCACCUACUGAUUACAGUGGGGUCUCUCCGUCUGGAUUGCCCAGCAGCUGUUGUUGAUGACAAUGAAAAAAACUUGUCACUUGGUCUGCAGACUCUUAGAUCCCUGAAGUGUAUCAUAAAUUUGGACAAGCACCGGCUGAUUGUUGGGAAGUCAGACAAAGAAGAAAUCCCUUUUGUGGAGACAGUUUCUUUGAAUGAAGACAACACGUCAGAAGCGUAAUUGCAGCCUGGAACGUGUCUGCAGGUGCACACACACACCAGGUUGACAGACUGAGAAAACUGGGUUUUAACUAAAUGCAGUAGUAACUUGCUCUGGACCAAGUCCUUCCCUUCAGUACAUCCUGCAGGGGCUUCUUCCCACUCAGACCUUUCUAGACUAUAGUUUGUGCUUAGAGAUCUUGUCUAGUUAAUGGCUUAAUGGUUAAACAGCCAUUGUUUUUUACUUCUUUGAAUAUUUAAUUUAUAGACCCUUUUUGACACUG